UGAAGCCGAAUCGCGCAGCGGAAGUUCCCAGCUGACAGUUCGCUUGGCUUGUUGGGGAAAAAUGGCGGCUCUCAGAGCUCUGGGAAGACUGCGGGCACCUUCAGGGAUUUUUGCCGGACGGUGGACGACACUGCCCCAGCCAGUCAGGGGAAAGCAAUGGCAGCCGGACGUGGAGUGGGCCGAGCAGUAUGCGGGCGCCGUCAUGUAUCCGAGUGCCAUCACGGAGAAGUGGGUCCCGGCCCCGUGGAAUGAUAAGGACCCUCCAAAGGAAAAGAACGUCUCCAACCUCACCAUUAACUUUGGACCCCAGCAUCCCGCUGCCCAUGGGGUCCUGCGGCUUGUCAUGGAGCUUAGCGGGGAGUCUGUGAAACGCUGCGAUCCACACAUUGGCCUUCUGCACAGAGCCACGGAAAAACUGAUUGAGCACAAGACCUACCUCCAGGCCUUACCUUAUUUUGAUCGCCUGGAUUACGUUUCCAUGAUGUGCAACGAGCAAGCAUAUUCCUUAGCAGUGGAGAAACUGCUAAAUAUCACUCCUCCGCCCAGAGCUCAGUGGAUCAGAGUGCUUUUUGGAGAACUCACUCGUGUUAUGAACCACAUCAUGGCUGUCACCUGCCACGCUUUGGAUGUUGGAGCAAUGACCCCUUUCUUCUGGAUGUUUGAGGAAAGAGAAAAGAUGUUUGAGUUCUAUGAGAGAGUUUCGGGGGCCAGGAUGCAUGCAGCUUAUGUUCGUCCAGGAGGAGUGCAUCAGGACAUGCCUCUGAGUCUGAUGGAUGAUAUCUAUGAAUUUAUUAAGAACUUUUCCCUUCGUAUUGAUGAAGUGGAGGAGAUGCUGACAAAUAAUCGUAUCUGGAAGAACCGUACUGUGGAUAUAGGAGUGAUCAGCGCAGAGGAUGCCCUGAACUAUGGGUUUAGUGGGGUGAUGCUGCGUGGAUCCGGCAUCAAGUGGGAUUUAAGGAAGUCGCAGCCCUAUGACGUUUAUGACCAGGUGGAGUUUGAUAUUCCUAUCGGCUCCAAGGGAGAUUGUUAUGACAGGUAUCUGUGCCGGGUGGAGGAGAUGCGCCAGUCCUUGCGCAUUAUCCUCCAGUGCCUCAACAAGAUGCCCGAAGGAGAGAUAAAGGUAGACGAUGCCAAAGUGUCUCCCCCUAAGAGGUCUGAGAUGAAGCGCUCCAUGGAAUCCCUGAUCCAUCACUUCAAGCUUUACACCGAAGGUUACCAGGUGCCCCCAGGAUCUACUUACACCGCCAUAGAAGCUCCCAAGGGUGAGUUUGGUGUUUACCUCGUUUCUGAUGGCACCAGUCGCCCCUAUCGCUGUAAAAUUAAAGCCCCCGGAUUUGCUCAUUUGGCUGGCUUGGAUAAGAUGUCACAAGGUCACAUGCUUGCUGAUGUGGUUGCCAUUAUUGGAACACAGGAUAUUGUCUUUGGAGAAGUCGAUCGAUAAACUCGCAAGCGCAGGAGGAUGUCUGAUCCUUGGUCCCUCCAUCUGAAACACGCGUGUCCUGAUGUGGCUUUACUAUCCAGAAUACAAACUUCAUGCCUGUUUUAUUUAAAUAUGUAAUUACUUGUCUUGAGCUGAGAAUAAAUUCUCUGGUUUGUCUAA